CUGAACCUCAGACUCCGUCUGACCCAAACCGCUGCUGGACCUCUUUCUUCUGGCUCCACUUUUUCUUCUUCUGGACGUUUCGUUCUGUUUUCCAGAACCGGUCUUUUUAUCUCCUGGUUCUGUUUCAGCUUUUUUAUUCUUUAGUUUUGUAGAAUUUUGUUUCUGUUUUCUCAUCUUUCCAGGUUUUGGAUCCAGAUUGGUUCUGUGUUCUGGGAAUUCCUCUGAGGUUUGUGUUUGUGGACUUGAGUGGAAUGUGUCUGUGGGUCUGACCAUCGAGAACCUCGCUCAGAACCUUCAUCAUCUCACGGGAGCUGAACAGAACCAACAUUCAGGGAUACAGAGAUGCUGGUUCUGUUCCUCCUUGUUCUGGACCUGCUCUCCUCCAGGGCGGCUCCACCGGUCCCAUCCUCCAUCCCAGACCCCCUUCUGGAAUACGUCCCACCGGAGAAGGAACUGGUAGACGGCUGGAUCCAGAGCAGGAACAGAACCGGCACCAGAACCACCGGAUUAGAGGGCUGCGGACCGUGCAAUCCGGAGCUGUGUCCGCAGACCCGUGGUUGCCGGGCCGGACUGGUUCUGGACUCCUGCGGAUGCUGUCAGGAAUGUGGGAACCUGGAGGGCCAGGCCUGUGACCCGGGGCCCCUAAAUGUGUUCUACGGUCUGUGUGGAACCGGGCUUCGGUGCCAGGCGGACCCGGGGCCCGCUGCAGGAGGAGAGGAUGAAGAGGAGGUGUGUGUGUGUGAGCAGCAGGAGGCGCUGUGCGGCAGCGACGGAACCACCUACAGGAACAUGUGUCGGUUCAGAGAGGCCGCCUUCUCCGACCCGGAACUCCGAACCGUAGGGAGGGGUCCCUGCCGGACAGAGCCUGUGAUCAAGGUUCCCCCUCGGAACCAGGUGAACCGUUCUGGCAGCAGUCUAGUGUUCCUCUGUGAGGUCUUUGCCUUCCCCAUGGCUCUGGUAGAGUGGAGGAAGGAUGGACGGGACGUCGUCCUACCAGGAGACGACCCUCACAUCUCUGUCCAGUCCAGGGGUGGUCCUCUGAGGUUUGAGCUGUCCAGCUGGCUGCAGAUCGAAGGGGCGGAGCCAGGUGACUCAGGGACAUACCGAUGCACAGCAAAGAACAAUCUGGGAUCUGUUUCUGCGUCCGCUGUACUGGGAGUACUGGGGGAAGAUGAGCUGUCCUCGUACUUGUCCCGCAGUGCGUCUGAGAUGAAGCAGUUGAUAGACGACUAUGACUAAGACUACCUCUGACUGGUGUGACAUCACUUCCUGCUAGCUGACGUGGUGAAAGCAGGAUGUUGGGCUUUUAUUUUGGUGGGGCAGCUGUAUCUGUUCAAUGUGUUGCAGUUUUUCAGUCAGCUGCUCCUCAUAGGAUGAACUUUCCUGAUGAAGCUCAGUUUAUUUUAUUUUUUUAAUAAAAGCCCAAACUGAUGGAGGCGGAGUUUGCUGAUCUGGUUAUUAGAUGGAAACGCCUCCUGGGUGAUUUCUAGGAGGUGCCGCCUUCAUCCAGGUAAAUCCACUGGGUUCCAGUUCCCAUCAGGAUGCAGGGAAUGUUCCUGCCAUGCCUCAGUUUUGGGUUUGUCAGACGAAUAAGAUGGAUGAUCUGAUGAUGAACCAGCUGACUGUCAGAAACGAGCUUCUGUAAUAAGGUACAAUAAUAAACUACAGAUGAUACUGAA